GGAUAAAACAGACAAAACGGACGAAUUCCGAAUACUGUGUACAGCCACCUUUAGGUAGACAAGCUCGAAGUAUGGCCAACCGCAAUAUUGUCAUUAAAUCAAUACUGCAUAGAAUGCACAUAUAAGAGAGAUUAGAUUCUCAUAUCGAUCGCUGCGUGUGGUGUAGAUUAUAUCAGAUUACACAGCAGCUGAUAAUGUUUGAAAACUAUAAUCGUUACUUUAUAGUGUGGCGCAAAUGGUUAGUUGAUUUUUAUUUCGUCUUUUCAAACCCGGUAACGAAGACAACCAUAAUAUAUAUACCAAAGUCAGUAGGGACAGUUGGUAUACACAGGCGAGAAUACGUGAAACAAAGUUUCAAGUACUGCUGAGGAAAAGUUAAAUGAUUCCGACUGCAUUUGAUGUUAGUGUACGAAAACAUAUAAGUGUUGAAGUACGUGUACAUACCAAAGAUAGAGUUUGUCAUGGAAGAAGCGAUCAACCUCCCGUUAAUAGAUGACAGGAUCGGUUGCAGAAAGUUGGUUGCCGCUGAUAAAGACGACGUGGAAGAAAUGGUCACUAAAUAUUUUGUUCCUAACGAUAUUAUAAGUCUAGCAAUUGGAAAGGUUUACUCAAUGGAACCAAUGGAAGAAUUUCUCGUCGAAUAUACAAAGCAAUGCGUCACAAACAACGCGUCAUUGUUGGCUUACAAUAUCCAGACCGGGGAAAGCGUUGGAGUUAUUCUGUGUCAUGUUCUCCAACUAAACGACGACAAUAAAAGCAUGGACGAAGCUGAAUGGAAAGAGGAGUUUAAGGAAAAGGGUUGUACGCUAAUUCCCGGAAAACUAUUGUCAACAUUGAAUGAGGACCUAGGCAAAAUAAUCGGAUCGAAGUUAUAUUUGAGAGUCUCUAUUUCAACAGUGAAGCCGAGUUAUGGACGCAUGGGUAUUAUGUCUGGGUUAAGAAAACGGAUUGAAUUGGUCGCGAAAGAUUUGGGAUGCGAAUUUAUUGUAAGCGAGUCGACGUCACUGUACACGCAACGGAUUGCAUCUAAGCUCGGUUACACGACCGAGAAUGAAAUCAAAUACUCGGGUUACUUCGACCCGUUAUCUGGAACUUAUAUAUUUAAACAUAUACCGGCACCGCAUCAAUCUGUUAAACUUUUAGUUAAAAGUAUUUAGUUAAUUCUGUGCUGACCUGAGCGCAAUGAUUGGACACACUGCUGCGUGCUAGUAAUAUUACCGUCUGAAAAUUACCAUAAUCUUUGUUUUAGCUACUGUGCACUUUGUUGAUUUAUUUUCAUACUUUUGAUUUCUGUUAUUUAAUUAAAUUGUUGAAUGCUAA